AAUCCGUUGCCGUCGGUCCCAUUUCCCAAACAGCCGACUUGUAAGCGUAAAGGCGCGUGUGAAUCCCCCUACGAGAAAGAGAGACCAAUAGUGUGCAGUUUACGCUUGACAAGGAUAUUCCAAAUUCGAAAUACCAAAAUGUUCAGAUUUCUUGCAUUGACCACCCUGGUGGCUUUGGCUUCCAGCCAGCAUUACCACCAGGACCCCAAGACGGCGGCCAUUAUCAGUGAGCAGCGUUACCUCUCCGGAGAUGGAAAGUUCGGAGCUGCCUAUGAGCAGGAGGAUGGCAUCAACUUCAAGGAGGAGACAGAUGCGGACGGUACACGUCAUGGCAGCUACAGCUAUGUGGAUCCCUCUGGACAGAGGCGCACCAUUUCCUAUACAGCAGGCAAAAAUGGCUUCCAAGCUUCUGGAGAUCAUUUGCCGCAGGCACCACCUGCACCACCACAGCCCGUGCCCACGGCAGGAUACCAGCCACAGCAGCAGUACCAGCCCCAGCAAUACCAGGCUCCUGCUCCCCAGCCUCAGUCUUCCUUCCGCAGCAACGAUUACGGAGAUGACGGAUCCUACGAUCCCCGCUACAACGACCCCUCUUUCGGGCAGAACCAGCAGAGCUACCAGCAACCCGCUCCUCAGCCCCAGUACCGCCCUGCUCCCCAGCCCGCCUACAACCCGCAGCCCGUGCAGCCUCAACAGCAGUACCAGCCACAGUACCAGCAGCCACAGCCCCAGCAGGCGUACUACACCACCACCACCCCCAACCCACACCGCUUUUCGCCACCCGGAAAACUGUCCCUGAACCGCACGCCCGAUGGCUUCACCUACUCCUUCAACAAGGUCUAAGGUCUAAGUCCCCCAUCUCUAACCCAGACAUGUUGCAUCUCCUUCAUUAGGGACCCUCUUUUCUUAUAUAACCUCCCCUAUCACAACUAGAUCCUCCCUUCUCUACUCUUUUCUCUUCUUGACUCCAUCAAAACUCUUGUGUGAUAUGUUUAAGAGCAAAUUGUAACUAUGUAUCGUACUUCCUAUAUGCGUACUGUUUGUUUGUAAUUUAUAAUCCUACACAGAGAAAUCAAACGCCGCUGCCGCUGGCUGUUGCCAAUAUAAAUUUAAAGCUAUAUUCGAAAUAUCAUUCGAAUAUUUUUGAAAUAUAAGAAAAAUCUAAAGACAUUUGGGCUUUUUCUCUGUGUUAUUCCCUUACAACUACCAACUUCCCGUUUAAUGUUUAGAGAAGCGAAGCCAAUAAACUUCGAAGAUGUUGAUCCAGUUUCAAAUUUAA